CAAAUGAAAGUCACGCAACCCAAAUCUAUCACACGAUCAAAUCUCGCUGUCAUCCAAUUUUAGAAAAUAUUGACGUGGGGUUUUUGAGGACUAGACUCAAUUAAUGAAUGUCCCAAACUUUAUGGGUGGUGCACAAGAGGAUACUUGGAACAUUGAGCUUAAAUGCCAACCACCCCAUAUACUCCAUACCUCAAUGAAUUUGACCUGGAGUUUUGAAGAAGCAGGAGGGGUAGGGUCAGCCAUAGAUGAGCUCUUCAUACCAGGGAAGAAAUGGAGGAAGGAGAAGAUAUUUAUGGGACGAAGAGAAAUGGUUCCGUGCCUAGUACGCACAAGAAACUAUCACCUUGCAUUGGAUAAAGGGGGCUGUUUGUUUCAGCCUCUUAAUGGUUCAGAUGUCUGAAUGGUUCAGCACUUAAUGGUUCAGACUGUUUGUUUCAGCCUCUUAAUGGUUCAGAUGUCUGAAUGGUUAAGAGAUUUGCCUCUGAAUGGUUAAGUAUUAUACAGAGUCUGAAUGGUUAAGACCUCUUAUCUGAAUUGAUCAGACAUUUGCCUCUGAAUAGUUAAGCAAUAUACUAGCUCUUAAUGG